AUGGACGUUGGAGAGCUCCUCAACUAUCAGCCCGAUAGAGGAGCAAAGCGUCCCAGGGGGGAAGAUGAAGGAGCAGCAGGAGGAGAGGAGGACUCCAGAGGAGGGAAACAGAAAGGGCUGGGUGCUCGGGAGCUGGCCAGAUAUCGGGAAAGUGUCGCUGAGAUGAGGGAGACUGACGAGAUGACUGAGGACAAGAAGAAGAUCCUGGACAAACUGAUGGACCAGGAUGAAGAGGAACCAGAGGCGGAGCCAGUUGAUGAGAGCUCAGUGAAGAAAAUGAUCCUGACCUUUGAGAAGAGGUCUUACAAAAACCAGGAGCUGAGGAUAAAGUUUCCCGACAAUCCAGAGAAGUUUAUGGAGUCAGAGCUGGAUUUGAACGACAUCAUCCAAGAAAUGCACGUGAUCGCCACGAUGCCGGACCUCUACCACCUGCUGGUGGAGCUGAACGCCGUCCACUCGCUGCUGGGCCUUCUCAGCCACGAAAACACAGAUAUCCUUCUACACACGGCACAUGUGGCCAUAGCGGUGGUGGACCUGCUGCAGGAGCUGACCGAUAUCGACACGCUGCACGAGAGCGAGGAGGGGGCCGAGGUCCUCAUAGAUGCUCUGUUGGAGGGUCAGGUGGUGGCCCUGUUGGUGCAGAACAUGGAGCGUCUGGACGAACAGGUGAAGGAGGAGGCCGACGGCAUCUACAACACACUGGCUAUCGUGGAGAACAUGGCGGAGUUCAGACCCGGCCUGUGCACCGAGGCCGCCCAGCAGGGGCUCAUGCAGUGGCUGCUCAAGAGAAUCAAGGCAAAGAUGCCGUUUGAUGCUAACAAGCUGUACUGCAGUGAAAUCCUGGCCAUCUUACUGCAGAAUAACGACAGCACCAGGGAACUACUGGGUGAGAUGGAUGGCAUCGACGUGUUAUUGCAGCAACUAUCCGUGUUCAAGCGCCACAAUCCGAACACCGCUGAGGAGCAGGAGAUGAUGGAGAACCUGUUUGACGCUCUCUGUUCCUGCCUCAUGCUGCCCUCCAAUAGGGACCGCUUCCUGAGAGGAGAGGGCCUUCAGCUGAUGAAUCUCAUGCUCAGGGAAAAAAAGAUGUCCCGGACCAGUGCUCUGAAGGUGCUGGAUCAUGGCAUGAUUGGACCAGAAGGAGCAGAUAACUGCCAUAAAUUUGUGGACAUCCUGGGCUUGAGGACCAUAUUCCCACUUUUCAUGAAAACCCCCAAGAAGAUGAAGAAAACUGGUAAUUCAGAGAAAGAACACGAAGAACACGUGUGCUCCGUCAUCGCCUCCAUGCUGAGGAAUCUCAAAUCCCAGCAGAGAACCAGACUCCUGAACAAGUUCACAGAGAACGACUGCGAGAAGGUUGAUCGGCUAAUGGAGUUGCAUUUUAAGUACCUGGAGGCUGUUCAACAGGCUGACAAGAGGAUCGAAGGGGAGAAACAUGAAAUGGUCCGUCGGGGGGAGAUCCUGGACGACGGCAUGGAAGACGAGUUCUACCUCCGGCGUUUGGACGCCGGGCUGUUUGUCCUUCAGUUGAUCUGCUAUAUUAUGGUGGAGAUCAGCAACUCGGGGAUCUCACAGCUGCAACAGAGGGUCCAUCAAAUUCUCAAUCUGAGAGGAGGUUCUGUCAAAGUAGUGCGCCACAUCAUGAGAGAGUACGCCGAGAGCAUCGGGGACGGGAAGGCCGAAGAGUUCAAAGAGGCUGAGCGGAAGAGGAUCAUGGACCUUGUAGACAAAUUCUAA